AUGUCUGGUGAAAAUAACUUUUUCGGUAACCCCUACUCAACGAACGUUAACUAUGAGGACGUGUCUGCGCCAAAUGAAUACGCGGGUGCCUCCCAGGAAGGCGUCUUUUACAAAGGCAUGGCGGAGGGGGGGUACAGCUACCAUCCGAAUGGAAAUCUAUCGGAGGAGUUCUUGAAUCCGAACAUGAGCAGUUUUGCAAACGGAGGAAUUGGGGUGAACAGCCAGAGCAACCAAGAGGGCUACGGCAGGAUGCGUGGUGGAUUUGGAGGCAACUACGGAAGCAGCGGUAACUACGGAAGCGGCGGUGACUACGGAAGCGGUGGAAACUACGGAAGCGGCGACAACUAUGGAAGAGACGACAACUAUGGAAGAGGCGACAACUAUGGAAGAGGCAACGACUAUGGAAGCGGCUACAUGAACGAGGCAAGCAACUUCCAAGACAGGCCAGGAGCAAGCCACACGGGCGUGAAUUCCGCUAACAAUUUGGCCUACGCAAACAGAAUGGGAAGGAUGAACGGUAUGAACGGAAUGGGAAACUUGAACGCGGGGAGCAUGGAUAGUAUGCGCAUGCUGAACAAUCUGGGAGGAGGCGAGAACCUCCACAACUCACUAAAAGACAUGGGUUCGCUGAACAGAAUGGAAAAUGUGUUCAUGAAGAAAAAUGUAAAAAGGGGCAUCCAGGGGGGCUACGAAAAUGAGAAGGAAGCAGCUAGCUUUAAUCACCUCGGCGGCAUGCACAACUCGUACGGUGGUAUGACCACCGUAGGUGUCCCUGGGAAACGCGCUAAAGGGAGAACGACGAAUGUGAAAACCCAUCCCAGUAAUUUGAAGAAUGCCAAUUGGUAUGCUAAGCAGAGGAGUUUGGAAAAUGUGAACAGCGUGGGUGGAGAAGGGGGGAGUGCUCCCGGGGAUCCAGGUGGUCCCACUGAAGAUGUGCAGAAGAGGCUGACCAACCACGUGAACACACCCCAAAACAGGGGAAGUGUAAACAGUGGUGAUCGCCCAAAUGGCAUCGCAGGAUUGAGCAGUGUGAGCAGCUUCGACAACAUAGAUAAACAGCCCGGAAUGACCCACGCGAGCAGCGAGCUAAAUUCGAUUAAUAGCAGAAAUGAUAUGGCCAGAGCAAAUAACUACCACACGCUAAGUAGAAACAACACGUAUGGUAAUUACCGCAUGGGUGACUAUGCGACGGAUAGGAGCAUCAUUCGAAACCAUAAUGCCAUGCAGCAAGGGUACACUUCCAGCGGCAACUACCUAGAGGGCCAAAAGGCCAACAGGGCAACAAGCCCUCACAAUCUCAACAACUCAUUUGGAAACCAGGGAACCAGUUACCUAGGUAGUAACAACACACCGAACAACUCCUAUAUAAAAGGAAACAUAUGGAGUAAAAUGAAGAACACCGUAAAGAGUACCUUUAACAUCUUCGGCAAGUCGUCAGAUGAGACCUUCAAUAAGGAGGAGCAAGUGGCAUACAGCCCCGAGGGAAGCGGUCCCUAUGCAAUUGGAGGCAGCGUUCGUGGUGGACGUGGCGGUGAAAUUAGAGGCGAUCUUCAGGGGGGCCAAAGGAGGAAUCUCUCUCCGAAUGAGUAUCCCUAUGAUCGCCCCCCCUUCAACCAUCAGUACAGCGGAGAGGCCGAGAAAUUAGCGCUCCAGGGAAGCAAAGGUGCGCAGAAUGACCACAACAGCAUUGUAAGGAAUAGCCAAAUGGUGGACCCCAGUUUGCCGUAUGGCGGCAACAGCGGGGCAUUUUUUUACGAAAACCAGUAUGCUGACCAGCGUUCCGCAUGGGGAGGGGACUACCACGCGGGGCCUGUGUAUCAUAGGAGUGACUUCGAAGGAGGCUCCGCAUUUGGGGUUGGCGGCGCAGCCGGUGCACGCGGCGAAGGCGGCUUCGAUAACUCCUACGGUAACGACUCCAGCUUCUAUGGCAACGGUGGCGCCAGCUUCUACGGUAACAACAGCAGGCACAUCCAUGACGAGCCAUCCACGCAUCAGGGGACACUGCACCCGCAGAUGUACCACGAUGCAGCCAACAGUAACAACUGUCCCCAGCAGGUGAAGAACAAAACCAGAUCGAGAAAAGGAAAGAACAGCGGCCCAAAGGGGGAGGAGAAAAGAACAGACACCAAGGUGCAGGAAAAGAAGGCCCCAGUGAAAAGUCCCAAGAGGACCAGAACGAACAGCAUAAAGAAUGAAAGAGCACUCAGCAGUAGAAUGAGUGCGAGCGUGGGAUUGGGCCUUGGCAGCAAUAUCAGCAUGGGUGCCAUCAUUAACACCGAUGCGUACUCCAAUGCGAACAACGUGAGUCGCAACUACAACGAUGCUAAUUAUUUCCACCAUGGUAGUUCCCACGCAGUUACGCUAAACCUGUCGAAUGGCGGGAAUUUGGGUAACUUCGAGGGGGUAGCUGCUGUGAGCGGACAUAUGACUGAAAAGGUUGAGGAUGCCCCGGGGGUAGGAACCGCUCCGUAUGAUGCAACCGCUCAGCAUGUUUCGGGCCAGCCGUUCCAGGGAAACAAGCAACUGCAGGCGCAGCAUCCAGCUAACCACAAACGCAAGUCCGUCCAAACCAAGUGUAACUUCAAACUGAACAAGGAUAUAGUGGAAAUGAUUCUGCGAAACAAUAAGUAUUCCAUAGGAAAAAGCACAAACGAUAGCUUAAGUAAUCCCUAUACGAACUUCUUGAUGAAUGUAAGUACCUCCUAUUUGAAGAGAAAAUCACAGGAACGUAAUAAUGGAACGGACAGCAAAUCGGAUAGUCCUAACCACCCCCCUGUGGUGGAAAAAGAUGUAGAAGGUUAUUCAUCCAAAGUGGAUAAUCUGGAGAGGGUAAAUCAUAUGGCGGGGUUAACUCCUCCCAGUAGGACACCUGAAGAAAACUUUUCCCGAGGAUACACACAGCAGAGAGGUGAAACAGAUGCAUAUGUACCGUACAAAGGAGUCACAAGUGAAACGAAAGUAGAAAAAAUAAGGAAGGAGCUGCAGGAGGAACACCAACUGGGUGGAGCACAGGGAGGGGCAGGGGCAGAGGCAAAUGGAGGGGGAGGAGGAGUCCCCUUGAAGAGAAAAGGAAUUCGAGGAAGAAAAAAAAAAAUACAAAGCGACCAUGCAGAUGAAGGAAACCUAUUACAUGAAGGCGUAAAAGUGGAACAGAAGGAAGUCAAGCGGAAAGGUAGGAAGAGGAAAAUGUCUGUAGAAUCAGCUAGCCAAAAUAAGGAGGAAAAGGAAUUGGAGAAAAAAGACACAAACAAGUGUGUAAAGAGCAUUCCAGUGGAAGAACCCAUCCUCCACAAUAUAAAAGAAGAGGGGACAAAAAUUAAAAACGACGAAGUAGCAUUGUGUUUCAAAAGACCAAAGGGGGAAGCUCCAUUUGGAGAAAACAAGAAUGACUCUCCUGCACAUUUCACAAGCAACGUUUUUCAAAUCCUGAAUUAUAAGCUCAACAAAUUCAAUGGGAAAAAUUGUCUCAACAGCCACGCGGAGGUGACUGUUCUGCUUAACAACUUCCUGAACGUGGUGAGGAUAAUAAAUCAUCACAGGAAGAUGUUGCAUGGGGUGUACGGUCACCGGUUUAAGGUCCCUAGUGAGACUUGCUUGAGGACCUACUUCGAAGCGAAGUUUCCUUUUAUACAAUGCUACCGGAAUAGGCUCUACGAGCUGGCGGACGGGGGGGAGGAAGAGGAGGAGGAGGAUGGAGGGGAAGAGGAAAAGGAUGAUGGGGGGGAAGAGGAAAAGGAUGAUGGAGGGGAAGAGAAUGUCCUAAAAGUAAAAGCGAAAGAAGCAGGAGCAAACGUCGGAGAGGAAGCCGCAGCCGCAGCCCAUUCGCGGGUGGCGGACGAAGCGGGGCCACCGCUCACAGGAGGCACUUCAUCUAAUGGGCCACCGUUCACCGCAGGCACUGCGUCUAAUGGGCCACUUCUCACCGCAGCUAAUUCACCUUGUGACGACCUACCCACUGCCGUGUUCACCUCGCAGGGGCUCCUCCCAAACAAUGGUGUCCCCCUUCCUGCAGACAGAACACAAAUUGGGGAGAGCUGCUGUGGUGGGCUGCCCCCCCCUCUGGUUAACCACGAAAAGGUCAGCGAAAGGUCAGAUACGGUUAAGGAGCAAUUCUGUCCCCUCUCAAGUUCGGAAAUUCCCCAUCGAGGCAACGACGAAGAAGGGGGUGACCCAAGCGAAACAUCCCAAAGAACAGUCCAAGUAGAACCCCUCACUGAUCAUUUGAACGGAGUCAAGGAAACAAUAACGAAUGGAUUACACUUCUCACCAAUUAAUAAUCCCCCGACUGGUUAUGUACCCGUGAAGGAACAGUGUAGCAGUGGGGCCGACGGAAUAAGUGUGUCGAGAUGGGUCCUACCUAGUGAUAAUCGCGGCGAUAGUUAUGCGCUUGGCAUCGACGACCCCUCCGCGUACGUACUGUCGAACUCGGUUACCUACACAAUGUUGAAUCCAGGCGGCUACAUGGGAAGCUACCCCUCCCCCUUCCCUUGUGAGGAGUACCAAAUGUAUGGCGCGCUGCCAAAUGGACACACCCAGAACAACGCCACACACCAUUUCAACCCCCACGUGAAUUCAGGGAAUAAGUUGAAUGGAGAUUCCUUCGGGUGA